AGCAAAUGGAAAGAAAUCACAAUGGGCAGAGCUUGAAAUAAGUGGCUCUUUUGACACAGGGUCUCUCAUGGCCUGGAGCUCAUCAUUUAGGCUAGGCUGGCUAGCCAGUGAGCCUCAGCAAGCUGUAUAUCCUUGCUUCCUCAGUGUUGAUAUUAAAAAGGUGUGCUCUCCUCCUCGCCCUGCGGGACGGCGACAGCCGUUGCUGCCAGGACGUCAGCCCAGGAACUGGAGGAGGAGGAGGAAGAAGGUCGUAGUCCGGGCGCCGCGGUCUGCAUGGAUCCCAACCUGCGCUUCAGGAUCUCCCAACGCCAACCUUUUGUUCAAAGAUUUCUUCUGUAGACUGAAUUAUUAGAUCCUGUAUAUCUAUUCAUUUCAGUUGGAAAAAUAGAAAAUUCAAGACAACUAUUGCUCACCAACGAAGAUGCACCUAGGAUUAGAGAAGCAUGGCAGAGGAGUCUUUCAACCGUGCACCCUGACAGCAGCAAGCUGAUCCCCGCUCUUUUCCGACCUGCAGCUUUCAUGCCCCUCGUGGUGCCCUUGGUGCUUUUGUCAAUGAUGCCAGUGAAGGGGAUCGAGUCCAUGAUCUUACCUCAGGUUUCCUUGUACGCCUACACCACAGCCUUCACCAUCACCAAUGGGAAUGCCAGUUACUCUCAUGGUCCAGUAGAGAGAACGUUGUUAGGGACAGGAGUAUGCGCCUCUUCAACCCUCUUUGGAUUAAUCCCUCACUUUGUCCACAUGAGGUAUGGCCUGGAUAACUUUUGGAUCAGAAAAGCCUUAUCUAUCGUCAUUCUUGCCCAAGUCAGCGGAGUAAAUGUGCUUGCGUCCCGGAGAUUGGAGUCCAUUCGAGGCAUUGAGGUUAUGGACAAGAAAGGCAAUGUCGUAGGCCACUCCAGAAGAGCUGGGGAAAAGGCCAUCAAAGAAACAGCCAUCUCCAGGGCAGUGCUGUUCAGAACUGCAGCUUUAAUCCCUGAAGGCUUCAUGUAUUAUUUGAAGAUCCGGUUUUCCCCACCAAAUCCGCGGUCGUUUGGGAUCUUAAAACUGGCCUGUACUCUUCUGACAAUGGGACUGAUGGUGCCGGCGUCGUUCAGUAUAUUUCCACAAGUUGGAUGGAUACAGCGCGGUCAACUUGAAAAGGAAAUUCAGUCUUCCACAGAAGAAGCAGAACUGUUUUAUAACAGAGGGGUGUAGGGGCGAGUUUGUUGGUGAAGUCGUCUGGCUUCUGUUUGGAGACCUUUGGUCCCUCCAGGUUCCAGUUCAGAGAGACCUGUUGAAGGUUCUCGAAGCUGCCAAUGGUGCCUGGGCAGCAGGCUGGCUGAAUUCAAGGCCCACUGGAAGAUUCGCUACUAAAGGUGUCCUGACUGACACCCAGGGCUCCUGAGGUGUCACUGAGUGCACUGAGAAUCAGCCAAGGAAAUGACACUGUGAAAACCACUAAUUUGUCUGCCGUUGAAAAAAAAAAAAAAGGUGUGCUAUCACACCUAGUUCUUUUACAUGGAUUCUGGGGAUCAAAUUUGGGUCCUUAUACUUGCAAGGCAAACCACUUUACCAUCUCCCCAGUCCUGAGUAUGCUUAGUUUUAUCAGAAACUGAAACUGUUUUCUGAAGUGACUGUACUGUUUUACAUUCCCACUAGCAGUGAAUGAGGAUUCUUGUUUAUUGGCUAUUUUAAGAUUUGUUGUCCUCAGUGCCAUGGGUUUUUGCCAUCUCAGUAGUUAAAUGAUGAUAUCUUAAGCCGGGCAUGGUGGUGCACGCCUUUAAUCCCAGCACUCGGGAGGCAGAGGUAGGAGGAUCGCCAUGAGUUCGAGACCACCCUGAGACUACAGAGUUAAUUCCAGGUCAGCCUGGACCAGAGUGAGACUCUACCUCGAAAAAAAAAAAAAAAGAUAAUAUCUUGCCAUUGUAAUUAGCAGUUUCCUAAUGGUAUAUGCCACUGAACAUCUUUUCAUAUGCAUGUAUUAGACCUAUUUCACUAUUGUUUAUUUUACUUUAUUAUUUAUUUGUAUGUAACUCUUGGAUUGGUCCUUGCCUGUGCACUUCAUUUGAAAGUCGAGGUUUCUUACUCUACUGUCCUUUACUGAGCUUCCAGGACAUUGUUUGGUCUCAGCCUCCCAUCUUGCUAUCAGCAUCAGCAUGCUAGCAUUACGGAAGCCAGCCAUGGCUGCAGGCUCUUUACAUAGGAUCUGGGGUUCAAACUCAAAUACUCCAACUACAGUGGUGAGCACUUUAUCCAUUGAGCCAUCUCUCCCCUUACUUUAUUUUUUAGUGUUAAGUGUUCAGUCCAGGGCCUCUUGCAUAGUACACAUUCUACCACAGAAUCACACACCCAUCCCUCAGAUGUGACCUUUUAAAAAAAGUUUAUUUAUUUAAUUGUAAGCAGAGACAGACAGAAGGGACAGAAUAUGAAUGGUUGUGCCAGGGUCUGUAACUGCUGCAAAUGAACUCCAGAUACAUGCGCUACUUUGUGUAUCUGGUUUUACUGGGGAAUCAAAUCCUGGUCAUCAGGCUUUGCAGGCAAGUGCCUUAACCUUUGAGCCAUCUCUCCAGCCCAGAUGCAAUGUAGAUAAUUUCUUCCAGUUUAUAGCUUGACUGUUCAGGGCAGAUAAUUUAAAUUUAAAUGGGCUUUGUUUGGGAUGAUAUUGAUGGAAGAACUGACAUCUGGACAUUAUUGAGUCUUCCUAGUCAUGACCAUGGAUUGUACCCAG